AUGAAGAUGCAGGCGCGAGCUUCGCUGAUGGCGCUGGCCGCGCUGGUAGCGUUGGUAGCUGCAAAUGCGGAGCGCGGUGGUGGUAUCAAAAUCGGUAGCGGUACAAUCGGCGGCGGGGGCAGAGAGGGUGCUCGCGGCGGCGGAGUCCGUCUUGGAUCCCGUCCGCGGACCUCACCUGCUCCCCAAAUACCGCGACAACCCUCUGUGAUCACCGCUGCCCUUGUCGUGCCGCACAAGGCUUUCGGCGCACGUGAUUACACAAGGGCCGAGAAGGCAGCCUUAUCAAAAUUGCCGCGUAAAUUAAAACUCUUCUCACAAGUGCGUCUGAAUAUAACGCUUUCUAUGCAGGGCUUGACGCCUAGUCCUAUGUCUAUCUUGGACUCGCUAUGUAAAGAAUUUUUAGCAGUCAACGUGUCUGCUAUACUAUAUCUUAUGAAUCAUGAACAAUAUGGGCGGUCUACUGCCUCUGCACAAUAUUUUCUACAGCUGGCCGGAUAUCUUGGCAUACCGGUCAUUGCGUGGAACGCUGAUAACAGCGGGUUAGAGAAGCAUGCGUCGCAUGCAUCCUUGAGAUUGCAAUUGGCCCCAACAAUUGAACAUCAAACUGCAGCAAUGCUUUCUAUUCUGGAGAGGUAUAAAUGGCAUCAGUUCAGUGUGGUCACAUCUGCUAUAGCAGGGCAUGAUGAUUUUAUUCAAGCCGUUCGUGAAAGAGUUUCCUCGCUACAAGAUCGUUUUAAAUUCACAAUAUUAAACGCAGUGGUAGUGAAGAAACCAGCUGAUCUCAACGAGUUGGUGACUAGUGAAGCAAGAGUUAUGCUAUUGUAUGCCACGCGGGACGAAGCCGCUGAUAUUCUUUCUACUGCCGGAGAUUUACACCUCACCGGAGAAAGUUACGUUUGGAUCGUAACUCAAAGUGUCUUGGGGUCUAUGCAGCCGCCGAACAAAUUUCCUGUAGGCAUGCUGGGAGUGCAUUUCGAUACAACGAGCUCCUCCAUCAUAUCAGAAAUAGCGACAGCGGUAAAGGUAUUUGCAUAUGGAGUGGAAUCAUAUUUAUCAGAAACCGAAAACUUGAGAUAUCCUUUGGGCACUAGAUUAUCCUGCGAUAGUGCGGGUAGUGGUGAGGCAAGGUGGUCAACCGGUGAAAGAUUCUAUCGACAUCUGCGUAACGUUAGUGUGGAAAGCGACUCAGGAAGACCGAGUAUAGAGUUCACUUCCGAUGGUGAAUUGCGAGCGACCGAGCUGAAAAUAAUGAACUUACGGCCUACUAUUGGAGAUCAGCUGGUAUGGGAAGAAAUCGGGACGUGGAACUCUUACCCUAAGGAACAUUUAGCUAUAAAGGACAUAAUUUGGCCUGGUGGUCUACAUACACCACCGCAGGGAGUUCCAGAGAAGUUUCAUAUGAGAAUUACUUUCCUAGAAGAACCUCCUUACAUUAAUUUAGCACCUCCCGACCCUGUAAGUGGGCGGUGCUCUUUAGACCGAGGUGUCAUUUGUCGUGUUGCACCAGAAAUUGAAAUUGUUGGAAUUGAGGCUGGAGCCGCUCACAGAAACAGUUCCUUAUAUCAAUGCUGUAGUGGAUUUUGUAUUGAUUUAUUGCAACAACUGGCAGAACAGUUGGGGUUCACCUAUGAACUCGUGCGCGUGGAAGAUGGCCGAUGGGGUACCUUCCAAGAUGGCAAAUGGAAUGGUCUCAUAGCGGAACUCGUUAAUAAAAAGACGGAUAUGGUACUAACGUCCUUGGUAAUAAAUUCGGAUAGAGAGGCCGUAGUAGACUUCAGCGUUCCCUUUAUGGAAACUGGGAUUGCUAUAGUCGUGGCGAAGAGGACCGGAAUUAUUUCACCGACAGCUUUCCUAGAGCCGUUUGACACAGCGUCAUGGAUGCUUGUAGGGGCAGUAGCGAUACAGACAGCUACUUUCUGUAUUUUUAUAUUCGAAUGGCUGUCACCGAGCGGACUUAACCGUUCGCCUGGUCAGAUCAAUGUGCAGAAUCGGUUCUCGUUGUGUCGAACUUAUUGGAUUGUUUGGGCUGUAUUGUUCCAAGCUUCAGUCCACGUGGACUCUCCGCGAGGUUUUACAGCUCGGUUUAUGACGAACAUGUGGGCAAUGUUCGCGGUGGUAUUCCUUGCCAUAUAUACUGCGAAUCUCGCUGCCUUUAUGAUAACAAGGGAAGAGUUUCAUGAAUUAAGCGGCAUCGAUGACCCCAGGAUCGUAAAGCCUAAGACAUAUCAGCCACCACUGAAGUUCGGGACGGUACCUUGGUCCCACUCGGAUGCGACAUUAAAGAAAUACUUUAGGGAGCCCCACUCUUAUAUGACCCCAUACAAUCGAAGUACUGUAAGUUCUGGAGUGACGAGCAUAUUAACUGGAGACCUGGAUGCUUUUAUUUACGAUGGAACUGUUUUGGAUUACUUAGUAUCGCAGGAUGAAGAUUGUCGACUGCUGACAGUGGGCGCUUGGUACGCUAUGUCCGGAUACGGUCUGGCGUUCACGCGUAAUUCAAAAUACCUCGGAAUGUUCAACAAACGACUUCUCGACUUGCGAGCAAAUGGCGAUUUAGAACGGUUAAGAAGAUACUGGAUGACAGGCACCUGUAAGCCCAACAAACAGGAGCACAAAUCUUCAGAUCCUUUGGCGUUAGAGCAGUUUUUGUCUGCGUUCCUAUUGCUAAUGGCAGGCAUACUUCUCGCCGCCGCUAUAUUGUUCUGUGAACAUUUGUAUUUCCGCUACGCGCGGGAACACAUCGUAAAGUCCGAGUUACAUCCUUGUUGUACACUCGUGUCUAUCUCUAUGGGUCAAUCCCUUUCAAUGCAAAAUGCAGUCAUGGACGCGACGACAGAUCAAGGCUUUAGGUUGGGCAAGCGGCCCCAUUGCCGAUCUGCCGUGUGUGCUGCUCAGAUAUGGCGUGCCCAACACGAGCGCGACGCGGCGGUGGCUCGAGCGCGACAGUUGGCGGUGGUGCUCGCGGCUCACGGGCUGCAGCCUCCGCCGCGUCGACUCGCCUCCGCGGCGGCGCUGCACGCACGCGCGCACGACGCCACGCGCCCGCGCACGCUGCACGUGCCCGCCGACUUACUGCCCGACCUAGACCGUCCGCUUUCUUGCGACGAUCUACGUGCUAGAGAGCGGACGCGGGUAGAAAUGGAAACAGUGCUGUGA